AUGGCUGCUUCAUUCGAAUUACGAGCUCGUAAAUCAAUAUCGGCCUUCGAGAAGGCCAGCCUGGCGAAGCUAGCGUGGCUAAGAAAGAACCAUAACGGGGUGAUACAACAGGAUACCCAGCCUCUAAACAUAAGCAAGCCAUUUUCGUGCUGGGAUGAAUUACCGGUCGAACUGGUGGUCAACAUAUUCGGUCUCUGUCGACUCCAGGACCUAGGAAGUCUGCUCCUCGUUUGCCGGAAGUUCUGGUAUCUUUUGCAGGUUCACGAGGAGGCCAUCACCAGAGAGUACUUGCGUAUUCGGCGGCAUGGGACACUGCCGUCUCGAAACCACAAACCGAGCCAUUACACAAGGGCGCCGGAAGAUGAUGUGAUAUUGCUAUCGGACCUGUUCCCGCCGUUUGUUGAAGAUACCAGUGGCCGAGAGCAUUAUUCUUUUAGGUAUUUGGCGGACCUACGACGGAGGCAGGAAGUCUGCUCGAAAUUAUCUUAUUACCUCGCAGACCAUGUACUAGAUCGGUUCAUGGAGGAGAACCCUGGCUGGGUAAAGUCUUUAUCACAUCUACCGAAACCGACGCAGCAGAAGAUUAUGGAUCGCGGCAACGCCCUUCUUAAGUCGAAAUUGACUCCUCUCAUGUUUUAUACGAUGUAUUUUCUGAAAAAGUACGAUGAAGCACGGUUGGAACUGCAGGAUUCCCUUUAUGAAGCAUUCGAAGCUGGAAAGCUCCCAGUACCUGUCCAGCCCCGUGAUCGGUCAAUUAUGUACCUCUCUCUUCAAACAAAGAUACUCCAAGCCUACCCUUUCCUCGACUCCCGGGCACUAAUAUCAGCUCACCACUGUAUCCGGCUACUAAUCUUUUCACUCCAUCGCGUUCUUGUUGCGGAGACACCUGUCACUACAUCAUGCGAGAAGUUCAUUAUCAUGCUACUCUCUACCUCUGGUCUAGAACGAGUAACGGAAUUCUUUGCGGCCGAGAAGGGCGGGAGCAAUCAGCGUGCUAUGAGAAAGGAAUUUAUGCGCAAAACACAGCUGGACUGGGACAACUACAGGAAUGACCCCAAGGCCCUGAAAGUGUUUGAUGCAUUGAGCGGUGAUUGUCACUAUCCGCCACUAAUGACCGAGAUAUGGACUGGACCGGCAAUAGAAGAGAUCUCCAGGAGAAAAUUACUUAUACAGCACUCCAAUGAAGAUUUUGUGACGCUCUGGAAUGAUGCACAUAUCAGCCUUGGCUGCAGUUAUUGUGCGAGAACGAAUGCGAAGAUAAAGUGGCAGGCUUGAUAUACGAACGAUCGAAUUUGACAUGACGUAAAAAUUGUUGUUUCUAUUAGUUUCAUAUUUUUUACCCCUUUCGUUGGGCGUUUAUCUUGUUGAUUUACCUAUAGAAUUUAUGAUACUCCAUCCUACCUUAGGCCACAUUUAUUUUAAUGAUAUAUCCUGGAAUCCUUUCUACUGGCCCCUUUUGUUGGAAAGACGGUGGUACAUUUACCUACCCGCAGUCAUAUUAAAAGAACAGGGCGAAGAAUAACCAGCAAACAGUACUACUUGACUAGUGCUGUGUUUACAUCGUUUCUAUAUCCGGUGAUGGAUGUCGGUUAAGCUGAGCGGAACGGGCCGUAAUUAGGCGACCCGUGCAGGUAAUCAAACCUCGACAGCCGCUCGGCUAUGUUCAUGUUGUACUACUACAUAAUGCUGAGUGCUUCUACAUUCUACCCAUGGUUUAUAUCUUGUCAUCAUAUCUUUUAUUAGAUCAUUUGUUACUGUGUUUGGCCCAGGGAACACUACGGGGCUGUAAAGUGGGAGCCACCCAAUCGGUAAUUUGCCUGGACACCAGGCACGGCGCAGUAGCUGCGUUUGGAAUACAUCAGCCCCUGGUUAGGUAUUCCCGCACAGUAGUGGAGCGUAUCGAUUUCCCUUGUACGUGCUCUUGAUUGAAAAUUUGGUAUAUACCAUUUGCCCCCAAGAGGUAUAUCGAGUUGGACUUUUUGAGUAUUGAUAGCCACACCGGAUCUUCGGCAACGUUUUAUUCAAUACCCCAUAGCUUCACAGUUCGAUCGUGCCCGCAACUCGCUAUCCACUUUGCAUCGGUACUUAUAUCAGUGCUGAGGACGUUUCCGGAGUGACCUUGCAGCGAUUUCACAAGUGACCAGUCGUCCGCACUGAAGAUGUUGACAUUCUUGUCAAAUCCACUAGAAACGAAGAAAGUUCCUGAUUUUUUCGGCUGUGGAGGCUGGUCCGGUUGGUCCUUCAUUGGUGUGGAUGUUACAUCCAUCAUAUCCCCAUUCUGGUCGAGCCCUGAAGUAGUUGGUAGGAGUGAGGCAGCGUCGCUCCCCUUGUACCAUCUUAGAUCUGACACAACGCUCUUAUGUGCACCUACUCCACCAGUACCACGAACUUGCCGGAGAUCCCAACACUUGACCCAGCCAUCUCCUGAUCCAGACAGAAUACGGUGUCCGUCUAUUCCCCAAUCCAAAGCAUAUAUCUCGCGGAUAUGGCCCUCUAGAAUCAUAACUGUUCGACCAGUGCGUAAAUCCCAGAUACGUCCAAUACUGUCAAGGCCACCGCUAGCCAGAAGUGAACCAUCAGUGUUGAAUCCUAGUGCGUAAACUCCACGAGAGUGACCCUCUUGUAGGAGAAGUUCUUGGCUCGUUUGUACAUCCCACAAUCGCCAGGUGGUAUCAAAAGAUGCAGAGGCAAGAUAUUUCCCUGAUGGGUGAAAUUCCACGCGACAUACUCGGUCAGAGUGUCCAGAAAGUGUUCCAAUAAAAGUAUCUUUAUCAAGAGACCAAAGCCUGAUAUUCCCUUCCGCACCUCCCGUAGCAAGAUUCAAAGACGAUUCGGAGACAUUCGAUUCGGGCAGCGUAGCCCCUGGGAACCACGAUAUACCACCAACUCGAUCUGUAUGUCCUCGCAGAUUCGCCUUUUCCUCCAAAUUCGGGACUGUAAGUAGCUUCACACCUCCGCUCCAAUUACCCGCAGCCACUAUUUCUCCAUUUGGGGAAAACCUGGUGAUGCUCACGGGCCGGUCUCCAGCAAUCUGAGAGCCAUAAAGUUCAAAAUGGCCGAGUUUCUCCCUUAUUGCUUUUCUGUGCUUAACGUGUGUUCGGAGAGGUAUGGUAGAUUCGGCCUUUUGGCGUUCUACCCUUGCCUUUGCUCUGGGUAUUGAAUAUCUUGCAAUCUCCCUCCGUGCCUGGAGUAAAUCCUGCGAGCCUUCAGUGUAGAAUUCCUCCUCUUGGUCUUGGUCUUCCUCCUCUGCUUCCAUUCCUCCCAUGCCGACAUCUUCUUCACCAGCUUCACCAGCUGCAGCCUGUUGUUCCUCCAAGUCCGCUAAUACUUCUCUCAGUCUGUCACGUCGGUCCGUAGAGUCUUCACCAAAUAGGGUAAUUGGGUGGCCCAACUCCCGUAGCCGAGCCUUUACUCGUCCAUCGUCUGUAGG